UCGCCUGCGUGUUGACGUCAGGCGCGUGCCCCUGUCCGGCAGUCGAGGAGACCCCGCGCAGUGCUGCCAACGCCCCGGCGGAGAAGCUGAGGUCAUCAUUGAAUUUGAAAUAUUUAAAGUGGAUACGAAACUGUUUCAGCAAUGCAGACAAUUAAGUGUGUUGUUGUGGGAGAUGGUGCCGUUGGUAAAACCUGUCUCCUGAUAUCCUACACAACAAAUAAAUUUCCAUCGGAGUAUGUACCGACUGUUUUUGACAACUAUGCAGUCACAGUUAUGAUUGGUGGAGAGCCAUAUACUCUUGGACUUUUUGAUACUGCAGGGCAAGAGGAUUAUGACAGAUUACGACCGCUGAGUUAUCCACAAACAGAUGUAUUUCUAGUCUGUUUUUCAGUGGUCUCUCCAUCCUCAUUUGAAAAUGUGAAGGAGAAGUGGGUGCCUGAGAUAACUCACCACUGUCCAAAGACUCCUUUCUUGCUUGUUGGGACCCAAAUUGAUCUCCGAGAUGACCCCUCUACGAUUGAGAAACUUGCCAAGAACAAACAGAAGCCUAUCACUCCAGAGACUGCUGAAAAGCUGGCCCGUGACCUGAAGGCGGUCAAGUAUGUGGAGUGUUCUGCACUCACACAGAAAGGCCUAAAGAAUGUAUUUGACGAAGCGAUAUUGGCUGCCCUGGAGCCUCCAGAACCGAAGAAGACCCGCAGGUGUGUGCUGCUAUGAACGUCUCCAGAGCCCUUUCCGCACAGCUGGUGUCAGCGUCGUACUAAAAGCAAUGUUAAAUCAAACUAAAGAUUGAAAAUUAAAAUUCGUUUUUGCAAUAAUGACAAAUGCCCUGCACCUACCCACAUGCACUCGUGUGAGACAAGGCCCGUAGGUAUGGUCCCCGUCCCCCUCUCAGUACUAGUUAAUUUGAGUAAUUGUGUAUUGUCAGAAAAGCGGUUAGUACUAGUUUUUGUUCUGUCGUUUCAAAAAAAAAAAAAAAAAAUUUUUUUUUUUGUUUGUUUUUGUUUUUGUUUAAAAGCAAGGCAUGCUUGUGAUGACUCUGUAACAGACUAAUUUGGGCUGUUGAAGCUGCUCCCGGGCUCCAUCCACUCUGGAGAAUAAUCCGGGACAUUUAGGGGUUUUGUUUUUGUUUUUGUUUGGUUUCGCUCUCCUCCUCUCCUGGGGGGGGGGGAGUGUGUGUGGGGUUUGUUUUUAUUUAGUCAUGUUUUUUAAAUUCAGUAACCAUUGGACAGCCCUUAAGGGGAGGAGGAUGGAUUGACUCCACAUUCCACUUCCUAGAUCUAGUUUAGAACACUUGUCCCCCACCUGGUGCUCUUAGGAAGGAGUAUAGUAAAUGCCUCAUUUAAUAACAUACUCCUUUUUGAAAGUUGCCUUUCUCUCCACCCUUGAGUAGGUCUAGUACUUGAUGAAACUCAUGAAAGCGGGUGGAACCUGUCUUGCCCCUCCUCUUUUCUAGGAUGCACUCUAUAUGUGACUGUGACUUUCAAGGAAAUUUGUUUGCCAUUUGCUGAUUUUUUUUUUUUUGAAGUUAAUUUCUAACUUCGUUCACUGAUAAAUGAAGAAAAGUAUUGCACCUUUUGAAAUACACCAAAUGGAUUGAGUACCUAAUUAAAAAGCGUUUUUUUUCCCUGUCAGUCAUUGUCUUACAUGCUCAGCGUAGAUGUCCAGCUUAAUAGCGUAUGAUACGGUGUUCCUAGAACACAGCCGGAGACCUGGUAGAUCGAGGAAGUGUGAGGGGUGGUGCUAGAAGACAGAUGUCUGUGGAAUGAUGCACAUCCUCUUUCAAGUUGGAGGAUGGAGACAGACCUGCUUCAUGAAGAAGCUGGGGGUGCGGGUGGGGGUGGGGAGGACAUUUAACAACGUGGGGACCAGUCAGGGGAAUCCCCUUAUUUCUGUUUCGCAUACGAGGAACCCUAGAGUAGCUAGUUAAGGCUCUCUAGUUUAGUAAAAAAAAAAAAAAAAUCAUGGAGUCUUUUGAAGACUCUUCAUAAGUGUUAAUGGGGAUUUUAUCUGCUUAUUUUGGUUGCAGUUCCCAAUUUUUAAAAAUGUUUAGGUAAUCUUCUCCGCCUUCCCCAAAUCCUAAUUCUUGUAGAUUCAUUAGUGUCGAACCAAUGCUUUCACAUGUCUCAAUUCUUUGUACAUGCGUUCUUUUCAGAUGUAUUAAACAAACAAAAAACCCUUCACAAGCCA